UACAGUCGAUGAUCGGUGAUGCCAACCCAAAUCGUGUGAUGUCAGAUGAUAGUAUAAUACAGUGAAGCAGGAUAAAAAUCUGUGAAAACAACACAGAGUGACCAGGAGCCAGGAUGACUCCUGUAGCAGAAACAGCUGUUUUAUGCUGAGAAGCCUCUUAAAGCAAAAAAUUGAAAUUUUUUACAUAAGAUGCUAAAGGUGUCAUUUUAAUCACUAUAAAAGUGUCGAUAAGAAUUAUAUGCAGUGAUAAGUAAUUACUAUUAUAAACAUGGAUGUGGUGACUACUAGCUUAGAAGCUCUCAUACAGAGGGCUACAAAUCCACAAAAUCAGAAGCCAGACAUAGCAGCUAUUGAAGCAUUCUGCGUGAUGCUUACCAAAGAAUCAGAAGGUAUACAAAUAGGCACAAAGUUAUUGGCAACGCAUAUUCAAUCGCUUAACGAGUCAGAAGCACUUCAAGCACUUUCAUUAUUAGAUACUUGUAUGAAAAGAUGCGGCCCGUUAUUUCAUGCUGAAAUUGGUAAAUUUCGCUUUCUCAAUGAGAUGAUAAAACUCGUCUCGCCGAAAUAUUUAGGCACUCGCACCACAGCAAGCGUACGGCAAAAAGUAUUGCAACUACUUUAUACAUGGAUCAGAGAAUAUCCUCGCGAAUCGAAAAUUAAGGAGGCUUAUGAGAUGCUUAAGAAACAAGGAGUCAUUGAGGAAGAUGCAGCAUUUAUAAUGGCUAACAGUGAGGAAAGUCAAAAAUCAUCUAAGAUAAAGAAUAAUAUAUUUGAAAAUGAAGAAAUGUCAAGGCAUUUGCGCAAGUUACUUCAUAGCAAAGAUCCUUAUGAUCUACAAACUGCAAACCGAUUAAUCAAAGUUAUGGUGAAAGAGGAUGAGGAAAGACUGCAGUUAAACUCGCGAAGGAAUAUGGAAUUAGAAUCAGUGCAUAACAACGUAAAACUCUUGUCAGAAAUGCUGGAUUCGUAUAAUCAAAACGAAACCAGCACAGAAGAUCUUGAAUUGAUGAAGGAGUUACAUCAAGCGUGCGAGCGAUUGAAGCCUAUUUUGUUGCGACUCGCUAGCGAGACUCAGGGUGAUGUUGAAAUGCUUGCUGAUGUGCUAACUGCAAGUGACGAGUUGAAUCAAGUCUUCGAGAAAUACACAUCCGUUAUUAUUCUCGGGCAAUCUCCUAAAUCUUACGCGACAGAAUCUUCUAAACCAAGUUUUAAUAACGGAUCAUCUCUCUUGGACUUAUCGUCUCCCACUGAGAGUGUUUCCUGUGAAAGCACGACACAGAGCACAACGUCAACAAAUCAUCAGUCAGAUAUAGACAUGUUGGGAGAUAUUUUCAGUGUAUUAGAGAAACCAAUCAAAUCGGACACAAAUUUCUUGAUGCCAAAUGCCAUUAUGCAACCAAUCAGUAUCUCGCCUAUGAAUAAGAAAAAUGAAGUUACCAACACUGGCGAGGAAAAGAUAGAUAGUAAAGCGAAAGCAUUGGAAGAGUUGAAUGAAUUGGGAGAAACUUUACUUAAACAAAGCUUGUCGGGUACAAUUGCUCGUUCGUCACAAGGCAAAGUCAAUAGUAAUAUUGUAAAAACUCAAAGUACCAGUGAUUCUGUCCGGAAACAAAAUUGGUCUCAUGAAUCUAGCAAUAAUAUGUCACAACACAUGACAGAACAAACAGAUACAAAAAAAUGCGAGUCAAGUAGUAAUUUUGACAUUUCAACAUCUUCAAAUUUGUCAAAAAUUAACGUGACCACUAGUCUGUCAUGCAACAAAAGUAUUAAUUCAGAAAAUGCGGAAACGGAAAUACAGCAGAAAGCAGAAGUGACGCAGUUGCUUAACGGUGCGUCAACCAUAGCAGACGCUGAACCUGAAAUCAAACCAUUGACUGAUAUCACUGUCAAUCUUGAAGAUAUUAAGCCAGGUAUAAAUCCGCCUCUAACUGUAAUCGAAGAAAGAAAUGGUAUAAGUGUGGUACUCCACUUUACUCAAGACAGUCCUAGGCCAGAUGUAUCUGUAGUAGUAAUUACUACAAUGAGCAAAAAUGCAAAAUCACUUAAUAAUUAUUUAUUUCAAGCAGUUGUGCCCAAGAAAUGCAAAUGCAGGCUGCAGCCACCUUCCGGAACAAAGUUGCCAGCACAUAAUCCAUUCCUUCCACCAUCCGCAAUCACACAAAUUAUGCUGAUUGCAAAUCCUUUCAAGGAACCCGUAUAUCUAAAGUUUAUGUUAAGCUACACAAUGGACGAUGAAACAUUUACAGAAAUGGGUGAAGUAGAUAAAUUGCCUCUAUGAUCCAGUGCAUCUAUGAUAUGAUUUUGAUGCAAUGUUGCACUCGUUUUCGGUAAGCCAAGAAUAAUAUAAGAAGUAUUCCAAUUACCGCGAUUCAAUUAUUCAAGAAUAUGUGCAGUCAAAUUGUUAGACAUUCUUUACAUUUUAAUCUUAGAAUGCGGAAUUGAAACCAUCAUAUUUUUAACUCAUUAGAGAUGGACAACUAUUUUGUUUUUAAAUCUCAACUUUAUUCGAAUGGCAUAUGCAUAAAAUAAAAAUGUUGUUUUGAUAAACACAACAUUUUCAUUCUACACAUUCUUCACUAAAUAGCAAAGUUGAAAUAAUGUUGGCGUUAAAAAAGGCUGAAUUGAUUGAGAGGAAGUAUUGAGUGGAAGUAUUACAAUCUGAACAGAUUCAUUUGAAGAUAAUUUUAUAAUUCUACAUGGCCACUUUUUCAAAUAGAAAUAAAGAAAUAAGUAAAAGGCCAAAAGUGUAAACCUUACACAAAAAGAUGUUUAGGGAACAGUUUCUCAUGUCAAAACUAUUAUAGUUGAAAACAAUGAAAUAAGACCAGAUUGUAAGUGGGAUCAUACAAGUUGCAAGUGAUGUUAUUUGGAUAAUUACAGUUCUUAUGAUUUAGUCGAUUUCUUUUAUUUCUAGGUCAUUGAAGUCGAAUCUUUCCUCUAUUUUAAGAUUUCUAAAUAGUCCGUUUUUUUAUAAUAAUGGUAUUUAUUAUAAUAUUAGAAUAAAAAUGCCAUUAUGUACUUUGUGUUUCACUCAUUUUAGUAUGUGAGCACUUCAUAAAUAUGAAUAAUAGCAGAGCAGUGUAAGAGGAUUCACAAUGUAAGAAAUUCAAAGAGAGACAGUUGACUUAAAAUAAAGGAAAUCGAUUAUAUAACAAUCAUAUUUCUUAGCGACUCGGAUCUAAGAAAAGCUAUCUUAUUGCAUGAAUGUUGUAAAAAAACUGUUUAAUGAAAAAAAAACCUGUUUAAUGAAAUGCAAUCGGGAAGAGAGGAGAUGUGGUACCAUUUCGUGAUAUUCAUUAUACUGCAAAAUAAUAUAUAAAAUAUUUUCUUUCUUUCUCUCACAUAUACAUACAUAGAUCAUUUUAAAUAUUGUAUUCAUAUAUAGUCUAUAAUAGAGUAUAAAUAUGAUAAAGCGAAACAUCGAACUCGAAUCAUGCAUUCUAAAAUUAAAUUAAUGGAAUAAAUAUUGAAAUAAAAGGAAUUAAAUAUGUUUUAUUAUCUUAGUGAAAUAAUUGACAUGAAUUAUUAUAAAAGAUGAUGGUGGAAAAGAGAGAGAAAGAUAGAUAAAAGAUGUGUGAGAGAAAGAAAGGAAAGCUAUAAUGAUGUAUUUCUAAAUUUAUGUAAAUGAAAAUAAUUUAAUGAAUUGUUAUGGACAUUUUUGUUUUCUGUCGAUAUUCUGGUAUAUGUUCAUUUAUAUAUUUAAGAGUCUAUCGUACAUACGUAGUUGUAUGCUGCUUUGUGAUAUAUGCUUUAAUAAGUGUAAACCUAUAUUAAGACUGCGAAUUUAAUAAACCAAAUAAGAGACAAGAA